AGAAAAAAUAAAUUGAAAAAAAAACCCCGAAAACAUAAGCGGUAAGCCAUUGCCAUUCUGAUUUCUGCAAAAUCAAUAGAGAGCGGCUGUUUUCGGCUCUCUCAGACUCAGCCUAUUCGUAUUCGUAGAAGAUUGGGAAUUCGUUUUUUACAGAGAAAGAAUACUAGAAGACAACAAUUAAUUAUUGGUGGUGAUGGCCUUGAGAGCGCCGAUAGCAGGGAUUAGCAUGGCUUCCUCUACGGUUAGCUCCUCUGCUCCGUCGUGCAAUCGAGGGCCUAUUGUGCCGUUCAGGCCAUCUUUUUCCGGCCGUGCAGUGGGUACUCCGAUAUACACAGCUCUACGGCUGUCUUACUCCAGUAGAUCCCAAUGCAACAGCCUUGGAGGGGGUGGACUUGGUACUCAGAUGAAUCUUUUUGAUCGGUUUGCUAGAGUUGUUAAGUCAUAUGCAAAUGCUGUUAUAAGCUCAUUUGAGGACCCUGAGAAAAUACUGGAACAAAGCGUUAUAGAGAUGAAUGAGGAUUUGAUCAAGUUGCGUCAAGCUACAGCACAAGUUUUGGCUUCUCAGAAACAGAUGGAAAAUAAAUAUAAAGCUGCUCAACAAGCUUCUCAAGAUUGGUAUGGUAGAGCGCAACUUGCUCUGAGUAAGGGUGAUGAGGACCUUGCUCGUGAAGCUCUUAAGCGUAGAAAAUCUUAUGCUGAUAAUGCGAGUUCUUUGAAAGCUCAGCUUGAUCAGCAGAAAGGCGUAGUUGAGAACCUUGUCUCCAAUACAAGGCUGCUGGAAAGCAAGAUACAAGAGGCCAAGUCGAAAAAAGAAACCCUCAAAGCACGAGCUCAAUCAGCCAAAACUGCAACAAAAGUGAGCGAGAUGUUGGGGAAUGUGAAUACGAGUAGUGCUCUUUCAGCGUUUGAGAAGAUGGAAGAAAAAGUUAUGGCGAUGGAAUCUCAGGCUGAAGCUCUUAAUCAACUGACAGGAGACGAGCUUGAAGGAAAGUUUGCUUUACUUGAAACCUCAUCAGUCGAUGAUGAUCUCGAGGACUUGAAGAAAGAACUCUCAGGAAGCACCAAGAAGGGAGAGCUUCCACCGGGGAGGCCCGUUGCAGCAGCAUUGAAGUUUCAAGACCCCGAUAUCGAGAAGGAGCUGAAUGAAUUGAGGCAAAAGACCAAGGAAUACUAGUUGGGGUUAUAGAAGCAUUAUUUGAGUGUUAAAAUAUGCUGUAACUUAAAAUUCUUUAGCCGCAGAUUAACAAAGUAGGUAAUUCUGUACAGUAUGUCUUUGAAAUAUUUUUUAUACGGUCAAGAUAUCUCAACUGUUGUGUUAUUUUA